AUACAUAUAUAUAUAUCAAAGUAAUCCUUGGCCACAAUAAGUUCAAAGCGUAGUAUAGGAGUAAAUGGGGAGAUCUCCUUGUUGUGAGAAAGGUCACACAUACAAAGGAUCAUGGACUAGAGAAGAAGAUGAGCGUUUGAUAGCUUACAUCCAAGCUCAUGGAGAGGGUUGUUGGAGAUCCCUUCCGAAAGCUGCUGGCCUUCUCCGUUGCGGUAAGAGUUGCCGGCUUCGAUGGAUUAACUAUCUCCGCCCUGAUGUUAAGCGGGGUAAUUUUACCGACGAAGAAGAUGAACUCAUCAUCAAGUUCCAUAGCCUUCUUGGUAACAAGUGGUCAAUCAUAGCAGGGAGACUACCUGGGAGAACAGAUAAUGAGAUCAAGAAUCAUUGGAAUACCCACAUAAAGAGGAAGCUACUGAGCAGAGGUAUUGACCCUUUGACACAUCGACCGGUCAAUGAACAAGCUGCAAUUCACACCAUAGAUACAGUCUCAUCAACAGCAGUUCUAAGAGAAGAUGAGAGACAAACGAACCAAGAAUUGAAUCUUGAGCUGCAGAUAAGUCCACCAUCGUUACAUUCACACCCACCGCAGGUAUUGCGGAAAAGAAACAGAAAAGUCAUUUGCUUCUACUGUAGCUUGGGGCUUCGAAACAGCAAGGAGUGCACUUGUGAGGGUAGUAGUCAUAGUAGAAGUAUACAACAUGUGAGCUUUUGCACUUGGCGAAAGGCGUUUCAAAGUGAGAAUUGAAGUAGAUGAAUUUGGUUAUGAUAACACAGCCAAAAAUGGGUUUAUUGUAUACUUACAAUCUGGUUGUUCUAUGGUGAAACACCACAGAUUUUAUGAUAGUUCAAUGAAAAGUUAUUAUAUACAUAUUCUUAAGGAUUA